AUGGACUAUAUUGAUUCGCUUCCUUCUUCCUACAGUAGACCAAAAAUUGACCACUUUACCGUAAUGGUGGCUGAUCGUAAUAUCCGUGUGGGAUGUGCUGCAGCCACAUAUGAUGACACAAGGGUUUCAUCGAAAAGACAAAUCUUCCUGGUGGCCUGUAAUUAUGCUACCACAAAUAUGCAGAAUCUCCCCGUUUAUGCCAAAUGUGAAAUUCCAGCAAAAUCUUGUAAAAGUGGAAACAAUUCACAAUAUCCAAAUUUGUGUUCUCGCUCGGAAAAAUAUGACGUUAAUAAGUGGUACUAA